UCAAUAAGCAGUUGAAAAGCAAGAGUUUCUCCAUUUCUUUCUAACAUUCAAUCUAUCACUUGGCUGGGUUGACCACUCAAUCAAUUGAUCCAACAUUAUGGCUACUGAUGAGAGAGCAGGGGCUGAAAUUGUAAGAGAAAAGGAAGCUUGUGAGCGAUUUUCAGCGGCGUUGAUGAAAGAACUUGGAUUCCCUAGUGGUGUCCUUCCUGCGGGAGAGCUGGUGGAAUGCGGGAGGGUGAGAGCCACGGGUUUUGUGUGGUGGAAAUGCAAGGCUGCCUAUGAGCAUUUCAAUGUGGCGACAAACACUAAGAAUAGCUAUGCCACCGAGACCACGGCAUAUGUGGAGAAAGGGAGGAUGAAGAAGAUGACGGGUUGCAAGGCUAAGCAGAUGAUGGUGUGGGUUCCCAUAGCGGAAAUGUACAUUGAUGGUAACAAGAUCUCCUUCAAGUCAUCCAUGGGGGUGGGCAAGUCCUUCCCCAUCAUCUCUUUUAUGAAUGAAGAGGAAAAGAAGGCUUAUCUCCAAUAAAAUGGUGCCGCAAAUUAAACAGUAGUGACCAGUCAGGAUCAUUCCCUGUAGGUCUUUUAUCAUAUUCCCAUACCCUAUUAGCUAUAUGUAUUUGAGUUCCUUUUGUAUUUGCCUUUGUGUCCUUGCAUCCUUACUUCAUGACCCAAUAAUAUUUGUUUAUUGUUGGAUUUCA